CUUUUCCUUUUUUUAUUUGCAGCUAUAUCAGUCAAGAAUCACACUUCUUACUACCACUACUUCUGAUAAAAAUCCAUGAAGGAGACUUUACGUGAACAAUGAAGGUUCUGUUAUUGAAGGACCCCAAAGACAAAGAUUCAGGACCAGAUCCAUAUGUUAAAGAAUUAGGAUUAUAUGGAUUUGAAGCAACUUUGAUUCCAGUUUUGUCAUUUGAAUUCAUAUCACUUGAAAGCUUAUUUGAGAAGCUCUCUCAUCCGGAAUGUUAUGGAGGUCUAGUUUUUACUAGCCCAAGGGCAUUAGAAGCCAUCAAGAUAUGUUUAAAAGAGAAUAGUAAAAGUGAAGUCUGGUCCAAAUCCCUUAAACAAAGAUGGAACACCAAACCAGCAUAUGUGGUAGGAAAAGCGACAGCUUCUCUAGUGGAAGAAAUUGGCCUUGUUCCACAUGGAGAAAAGUCUGGCAAUGCUGAAAAAUUAGCUGACUAUAUUUGCUCAAGAGAGAAACCUAAUUCAUCACCUCUUCUUUUUCCUUGUGGAGCCCUCAAAAGAGAAGUACUUCCUACAGCACUUAAAGAAAAAGGUAUACCUCUGGAAAGUCUUACCAUUUAUCAAACUACCCAACACUCGGAUCUCCAGGAAUCAUUGAGGAGUUAUUUCUCACAACAGGGAAAUCCAGCAAGCAUCGUGUUUUUCAGCCCGUCUGGUGUCAAGUUUUGCCUCCAGCACAUUCAGAAGCUUUCUGGAGAUUUUAUCGACCAUAUGAAGUUUGCUGCUAUAGGUCCAACAACUGCUCCAGCCAUGGAAGCAGCAGGAAUCACAGUUAGCUGUACCGCAAAGAAUCCAACUCCCCAAGACCUCGCUGCUGCAAUACAAAGAGCACUUCAACAGAGCUGCUGUUUAUCCAAAUAAGAGCACAGCAUGUAUUUGAGACUGAACAUAGUGCUGUAGAAGCUUUUUUCAUUUGCAGAUCUGCUAUCCUGCAGGAAAGUGUUUUUCCACAACUAUGCAACACAGUCCUUGUCAGGGCUUACUGUAAGCAGCUUGCGUUGAAAUGCUUAAGAGGAGCAUUUGGUACAGCAUGUCUUAAAGCAACUAGCUUUUCCCCUUUCGCUCAUGCCUGCAAGUUGUAAGUAUUUUAUGUGGGUAUUUCUGUGAAAACUAGUAGUGAAAGGUGAAUGUGCAUCAGAAUGGUAUAAUGAAGUAAGUCCAAUAUAUCACCUCAGGUACCUAGUACACAAAGUGAGAUUUUCCUUUCUCUCUGUAGUCCUUUUUACAUGCAGGUCGUCUGGUUUAUGUAAAAGACUAGCACGCUUACAAUGAAAUGUUUGUGGUUGCAAAGCUCACUUGUUCAGUUGUUAUGUUUUUCAAAUACUUAUAUUAUAAUGACGAUCGUAGAUUCUCAGUGGAAUAGAACAACUCUUGCAGCAUUUCUGACUUGCAGGUCAGUUAUUGCCACUGACUAUUCUUAGAGUGCAGGGUCCUAAAAAAUUAAGUUUUGGUUUCUAUUCCUGUAAAGGAGGAGGAUUUAUUAACAGAGAAAUAAACUGGCUCAUCAUUGUUAA